UGGCUGACCGGCGACUGGACGAGCUUCGCAUCGUUAACAUCAUUGUCAGUUCGCUGAAAGAUGUCGGAGGGUUGCAUACUGCUAAGCUUCGAGAGGGGUAUGCCCUGUAAUAAAAACGAUCAGGAGGCGGUUCAGGCUGUGUUCAAUGCGAAUCCGGCUGUCGUGAGGCUAAAAGUCUACCAAGUGGAUCCGUUCACCAACGGAUACUACGUGGUUGCUUUCGGUUUGAAUGAAAUGGAAGUCACGCGUUCGGAGGUCAAGAAAACGACUCGUGAAGCACUUGCAUCUCUGACGGUCGAUCCGCGCGUGCCAUCUCUCAUGCGCUCCAAGACUUUGCAGAGGGCCUCAAGUCUGCUGUGGAAGUUCUUCUGGGGUAGUGGCGCUCAGAAGGUGGAACAAAAGGGAACUAUGGGUUACGCUUAGUUCUGGAGUGUAGCCUUGCCUUGGUACACAUGCGUCUCUGAAGAGAAUUGAUGUGUAGGUUAGUGGGCUGAAUAAAUGUUGAAAGUCGCUCGUUCGACAUUGCGAGAGGUGAUGACCAUGCC